GUCUUAUUCGGCAUAAACUAAUGUUUUUUCAAAGCUCUAACCAACACAUUUUCAACUACCCCCAACUCUCUAUUAUUUCUAUAUAUACUCUGUUUCUUUUUUCACCACCGCCGUCUGACGGAUCUCCCUAUGUUCCAUCAUCUUCCCGACUUUCCUUCCUCCUGUAUACCCUCCGCUUUCCAGUCUCACUCUUUCUCUGCCUGAACUCCUGCACAUCGAGGAAGGCUUCUAGGAUGGCUUUAGCUCCAACUUCCGCCCAGCUAUCAAAACCCAUCUUUUCUUCCAAACCCAUUUCGCAAAGGAGUCUCUUUCCGUUACCCGCUUCCUCUAAGCUCCAGCCUCGGAAGUCUUUAAUCCGAUGUUCUGUGGCGGUGGCUCCGGCAACUGCCGCCGUGCCCGCUGCGGCCAAGGUGAAGUCCGUGAAGGCUAGGCAGAUAAUUGACAGCAGGGGAAACCCGACUGUGGAAGUGGAUCUGGUGACUGAAAGUGGGCUGUACCGAUCGGCUGUGCCCAGUGGAGCUUCCACCGGGAUCUACGAGGCAUUGGAGCUCAGAGAUGGAGACAAGAGUGUUUAUGGGGGCAAAGGCGUCUUGAAUGCUGUGAAGAAUAUCAAUGAAUUCCUGGGUCCUAAGCUUGUCGGAGUGGAUAUCAGGAACCAGGCUGCUGUAGAUGCACUUAUGUUGGAGAUUGAUGGAACACCAAACAAAUCCAAACUUGGAGCAAAUGCAAUACUAGGAAUAUCUCUGAGUGUGUGUAGAGCUGGUGCUGGAGCCAAAGGGAUACCUCUGUAUAAACACAUUCAGGAGCUUUCGGGGACCAAAGAGCUUGUUAUGCCCGUUCCUGCAUUCAAUGUGAUCAAUGGAGGUAGUCAUGCUGGCAACAAUCUGGCCAUGCAAGAGUUCAUGAUUUUACCGGUUGGCGCCACCACAUUUGCUGAGGCUCUCAAAAUGGGCAGUGAAGUGUACCACACACUCAAGGGAAUCAUCAAAGCAAAAUAUGGACAAGAUGCAUGCAAUGUAGGAGAUGAAGGGGGGUUUGCUCCAAAUGUUCAGGAUAACAGGGAGGGUUUAGUUUUACUAAUGGAUGCAAUUGAUAAAGCAGGCUACACUGGAAAGAUCAAGAUAGGUAUGGAUGUUGCAGCAUCAGAGUUCCUUAUGAAAGACGGGAAGUAUGACCUUAAUUUCAAGAAUCAGCCAAAUGAUGGUUCUCAUGUGCUUACUCCUGAGAGCCUUCUUGAUCUAUACAAACAGUUUGUCAAGGAUUUCCCUAUUGUAUCAAUUGAAGAUCCCUUUGAUCAAGAUGAUUGGAGGUCAUGGGCAGCUCUAGAAUCUUCCGUGGAUAUACAGAUUGUGGGUGAUGAUUUAUUGGUCACAAAUCCAAAGAGAAUAGCUGAAGCUAUUCAGAAAAAGGCUUGCAAUGCUUUACUGCUCAAGGUAAAUCAAAUAGGUAGCGUGACAGAAUCCAUACAAGCAGCGCUUGACUCAAAAGCAGCGGGAUGGGGUGUCAUGGUCAGCCACAGGAGUGGUGAAACCGAGGACAACUUCAUUGCUGACUUGUCUGUUGGUCUGGCCAGUGGACAGAUCAAGACAGGUGCCCCCUGCCGAAGUGAGCGUCUAGCCAAGUAUAACCAGCUUCUGCGCAUUGAAGAGGAACUUGGAAACGUGCGCUAUGCUGGUGAAUUUUUCAGAGCACCAUGAGAAAGAUGACAAGGUUGCAGCUUUGGAUUUUUUAGACUUUAUAGCUGAUCAAUGCUCAUGAAGUUGUUUGUUGUAGAAUAAUAACAAUAAAUAAUAUGUUAAGUGUUAAAAUGCAUUAAUUUAUGUAUUCUUGAAGGAUGA